UUAGGUAUGUUUAUGCUUGGUGCAUAAUUACAUCUAACCUGUUACCCUCACGUUACAUGAACGUUAGCUAUGUUUUGCUUUGGGCGGUUAGGUAGUUGUUAGGGUAGUUUUUGCUGGGAUUUCAUGCUGAUUUAUUUACACCCAGCUGUCAUCGGAGGCAGAAUGAUUAUGUACUAUUAAAAGUACAUAAGUACAUAACUGCCUCGAAUGACAGUUGAAUGUAAAUAAACUAUUAAUAAAAAUCUUCGAGUACAUUUCCCGCAUAAAUAUUUAAUAGUUUUAUUGAUCGAACUUCAUUUUUUUUUAAAUAAAUACAAUGAGUCAUUAAGCUGAUAUCGCAGUGCCUGGUUCCAACGUCUCAGGUUCCAACGGAACGUUUGUUGUUCACGGAAAAGUUGUGAAUUGUCCGGCAAAUGGUGCAAAUGGCACUAUGAAUGCCCGUCAGUUACCGGAGCCUGGUAACAACACUUUUGCAGCGUAUGAUCAACGCCAGAAUUAUGACCGAAGAUGAUUCUCACAUCGAGGGAAGUCCGGAAAAGCCACCCCCGAAAGCCAAGAAACCAGCGGUAGCUAAGAAACAUCACACGCCAGCUAAAUCUUCUAAGAAGCACAACGAGCUUUUCUCCCAGCAAUCUCCCAUCAAAACCCGGAUCGAAGCACUUGAGAAGGCAGCCGUGGGUUUCCCGUAUAAGUGUCGCGUUGCCUCCCAGAACAAAACCCCAUCCCAAUGGACUCGAUUCCCUUCAAAGGCUUCCACCAUCACAUUCGUUUCUCAGCGAUAUCCUGCUUCCGCCAAAGCCAGCAUCGCUCAGACCACGCCAAAGUACUCUUCCAGAUUCCAAAUGAAUCUCCUUUUCCGCUUCAAGCUGGCAAAAUCAACGGUUUCUAGCGGAACAAGAACAACCGAACGGGGGCAGGCCGAGAAGACCAAACGCGCUCCACUUUCAGGGUGGUGUUAUAAGGACGAACGCCAUUCGAUAACCCGGACGCAACGGGAAAUCAAAUAGAAGGUGAUCGAUCAAUUCUUCUCGGUGGCAGCCACGACGCGUAAUGACGGUGGAUUUACGGAAAAUAUUCCCCUUCAUCGAUGACGGAAGUUUGAAGUGAAAUUCGAGCGCAGUCUGGAGAACACUACCGCGCAGAUGCCCAAAUAUAGAGAGCAUUCGCAUCAAUCGCCAAAACUUUUGCAGGCUGCUUGUUCCCAUACUGCUAGUUUCGGUCUGGAGCCGUAUUUUCAUUGCGGAGAACUUUUGCACGCUGCAUCUUUUUGUUACGGCUCUUUCCUUUCGGGCGGGAAUAGUCCGUUUGUUACUUAUCCAUAUCCGAACAUCAAGGGGACAUCAAGCAAAGCGGCGAUUGGUGCGAAUAAGAACAAGGGCAUCCGGUAGUUAGAAAAAUUUCAAUAUCAACGUUUUCCGAUGCAGCUCUACUCUUUCGAUCCAGAAUCGUUCUAUCGCUGUCUGGCUUUUAGCAAAGCAGUACUAAGGACUAAUAAUUGAUAAUUUAAUAAAAUAAUAAUGAUAAUUUAAUAAAACUAAAUUAAAAAAUAUUUUAAAUUCAAAGAAAGCCCAAUCCAAGAAAUUAUGUAGGAUUUCUCACAGGAAUCUACUUCUCUUGCAAUUCCUUGCAGGU